GAGGUUUGUACAGGAUACAGGUUCGCUGCACAUUACGGGAAUAUUUUUAAAUAGCUGUUCCACUUGGUCUAGUAGAUCAUUGAAAAAAGUAAUCCAGCAUGGCUGUACAUGAAAUCCUCCUGGACUGUUUGGAGAACCUGGAUUCUGAUGAGCUGAAAAUAUUUAAAUGGCACUUAACUCAAGGAGUAAACGAAUUCGCAAAAAUUCCCAAGAGCCAGCUGGAGAAUGAACCGAGGUGUGCUAUUGUUGAGUGUAUGAUUAACCGUUUUCAAACUGAUGGUGCUGGGGAACUCACUCUGCUCGUUCUGAAAAAGAUGAAUCAGAUGAAUUCUGCAAAAGAGCUGCAGGAGAAGUUAGGUAAAAAGGAGGAUUCACUGCAGUCCAAACAUACUGCUGAGGCUGGUACAGCACAGAAACAAGAGGGAUGCAAACCUGGCGCUGAGUUUGUAGAGAAACACAGGACCGAUCUGAUCAACGGAGUCUCUCUGGUGGACCCCAUAGCAGAUGACAUGAAACCUCUGAUCGGUGAUGAAAAAUACCAUAUCAUCUUAAACUCAGGAACAAGACCAGCACAAAUGAGAGCUCUUAUGAACUUCCUGACAAGUGCUAGACUGAAAGACCAACUUUACCAGAGUCUUCUAAAACAUGAGCGUUUCCUUGUUGAAGAUUUGCAGAGUUCUGGGUAGAUGGGUUUAAUUUGGCUUAUUGUCAUUCAAGGCACAAUAAAACUCAAUAUGUUUUCACUGAAAAUGACAGACAGGACAGUUUUUGAUAAAUGUAACGUCUGUAAUAUGAUGUCACUGUUUGCUUGUCCUUUAAUACAAUAUUUGGAACUCAG